CAGAAAGGCAAAGAGACAUAGGGCAGGGGGAAGAAUUAGAGAGCAAAAAAUACAAGAUUUGAGAGCAGGCAUAUUUUGAAGCAUCAGAGAAAGAAAAAUUCAGAGAGGAAGAAGAAAAAGAGAAUAGUAACCCAAACUUGCUGGUGAUAUGCCUAAACUCAAAGUGAAAGCUGGAAAGGGAAAGAAGGGUAAAAGGAAAAAGGCUGGGAAAAAUGAACACAGAUUGGACAAAGAAUCUGAAGUAGAGAGAGCCAAGGCUAAUGCUGCACUUUGGGAGGCGAGGCUGAAAGUAACUGAAUUUUCUCGUGUCGAGUAUCGAGAUACAGCUCGAAGUUUGGCCCAGAACAAUGAGGAUCUCACAAAGCAACAAUAUCAACUAGAAAAAGACAUGGUGGAGGUCAUUGGGUUUUUGAAAAAACAGGACUUGGAAAAAGAUGAGCUGAUUGAGAAAUUACAGCAAAACCUAAUAGCACAGAAGAAAUCAGCUCAGGAUGAGAGAGAAAAACUGGUGGAACUUUAUAGCAAACAAAUUUCUCAUCUGGAAGAAAACUAUUCACAGAAAACGAAUGAAAUGCAAAUUAUUCAGUCUGAGUUUAAAUUAAUGAGAGAAUUCCGCAGACAGAAAGUGGAGCUGGAGAAAGAAUUAGAUGAGGUUAAGGAAAGUCUUUGGAGAGCAAACCAAGAUCAUAAAGAGACUCUGGCCAGAAUGGAGAGACGGUUCUUUGAGGAAAAGCAACGCCUGGAAAAGGAAGCAGAGAAGAAGAUUAUGAUGUUAGCAGAAAAAGCUCACAGUGAAGCAAUCAUACAACUGGAUGAAGCCAGGAAAUCUGUGUUCAAGGAAAACGUUCGCCUAAAAGAAGCAUUUUCUUAUCACUUGAAAGAAAUGAAAGAUAUAAAGAAAUCAAAAAAAAUGCAAGAGGAUGCAAAGCUCCACUUACUCCAAGAAAAGGAAACCAAUGAUUUACUGGUUCAGGAAAAGGUUUCACAAGUAUCUCAAAAGAAAGUGCAAAUCCAGGAGUUACAACAGAACGUCAAAGCCCUAGAGUGCGCUUUAGAGAGAAUGACUAUGGAAAUGGAGAAAGAUGCACAAGGUAAAGAGCAUCAAGUGUUGUUACAAGAGCAGGCGGGAAAUGUGGAACUGCAGAAACUGCAAAAGGUACUUCAUAUGAAGGAACGAGAAAUGAACCGUAUAAAGAAACUAUCCCGAAAUAUUCUGGAGGAACGAACUGAAGUAGAAAGUUUCUUCUUGGAGGCACUUUGGCAGGUGAAGCAGGAGAUCGCAACCAGCAGGAACUACUACCGACAGGUAGCACAGUCUGCUUAUACCAGCAAGAUGAUACAAGCGUCUCUAGGAAAAGACCAGUACCCCAAGAUCAGAACCUUUCAUAACAAAGAACACAGCACUAAUGAUGUGAGCCAUGAUCUCAGUGAGGCGGAGAAAUGGACUCAUAUACAGGCAGGGAAAGUGGACAUUGGUGACUUAACAUGGGAGCAGAAAGAAAAGGUUCUCAGAUUGCUGUUUGCGAAAAUGAAUGGCUUUCAAAGCAGGAAGAGUCCUGGGCUGAAACCCUCUCCUCCAGCAGAUGUCUCAUCAAUCAAAGAAAAAGAAAGUAAUACCAGCAAUCUGGAAGAGAAACCAGAAGAGUCCAGUUCAACAUUCAUAACCCAGAGCAUCCCAGAACUACCAGCCCCAAGCUUGGUUCUGCCACAUAUUCAAACAGGUAGAUGCCAAGUCACAGGAUAAGCAUUGAACAGAGGAAAGAAGAUGGAUCAGCAUGAGGGAACAAAGCUGAAUUAUAAUGUAAAACUCAGUAAAUAUAUGCUGUUUUAAUCACUCGAAAUGUAUACAUUUCACUGUGCCUCAAUAAACAGUAAAGCUUGACUGUAUGGUU